UCUUCCAGGAAAGAGGGAAGGGAAAUGUCUGUGAUGGAGCCAGCUCAGUUACCAGUGACGUUCGAGGAGGUGGCUGUGUAUUUCACCCAGGGGCAGGGGGCUCUGCUGGACCCCGCUCAGAGAGCCCUCUACAGGGACAUCAUGCAGGAGAACUACGAGACGGUGACCUCACUGGGAUUUCCAAUUCCCAAACCUGAGCUCAUCUCCCGGCUGGAACGAGGGGAAGAGCCGUGGGUGCCCGAUCUCCAGGCCUGCAAAGAAAGAAGGCUUCCGAGAUGCACCCAUACAGUAGGUGCUGAGCGAGAGAGUGAGAAUCAGCAGGGGAAUCAUCAUGAGGAAGUUCCCGGGGAAGUAGAACUGCAGGGGACCUUUGUAGGAAGAGCUGAAGGGAAUUUUUCCCAGUGCUUGGAGCAGGAAGAAGGCUGGGGUAACUGGCACAGGUCAGAGAGGCUUCUGGAAAACCACGCAGGGAAGAGAGUGGAUGAAUCUAUUAACGCUGGGGGAGGAGGCAAGGAUCCCAGAGCGCAGCAGACAAAUCCCAAGGAAGAGACACCCGGGCACUACCCUCAGUUUGCGAAAGAAUUCAUUGUGAGAUCACAGCUUGUGACACAUCAGACAAUCUAUACUGGAGGGAAACCCCCUCAAUGCUUGGACGAUGGGGAAAGUUUUAAUAAGCUCUCAGAUCUUAAUAACUAUGGGAGCAGCCACACUGAAGAGAAACCCGCUCAAUCUCUCCAGUGGGGGAAAUGUUUCAUUUCGAAGACACAUAUAAUUAGACAUCAGUUAAGCCACACAAGGGAGAGACCCCUUAAGUGCUUGGACUGUGGGAAAAGAUUCAUAAGAAAGUCACACCUUGUUAAACAUCAGGCAAUCCACAGAGGAGAGAGACCCCACAAGUGCUUGGACUGUGGGAAAAGUUUCAUACAGAAGUCAAACCUAGUUCGUCAUCAGGCAAUCCACACAGGAGAAAGAUGCCACAAGUGCUUGGACUGUGGGAAAAGUUUCAUAAGAAGGUCACACCUUGUUAAACAUCAGGCAUUACACACAGGAGCGAAACCCCAUAAGUGCUUGGACUGUGGGAAAAGUUUCAUACAAAGGUCAGACCUUGUUCAUCAUCAGGCAAUCCACACAGGAGAAAGACCCCACAAGUGCUUGGACUGUGGGAAAAGUUUCAUAAGAAAGUCAAACCUUGUUAAACAUCAGGCAAUCCACACAGGAGAAAGACCCUACAAGUGCUUGAACUGUGGGAAAAGUUUCAUAAGAAAGUCAAACCUUGUUCAACAUCAGGCAAUCCACACAGGAGAGAGACCUCACAAGUGCUUGGACUGUGGGAAAAGUUUCAUGAAAAGGUCAGACCUUGUUAAACAUCAGGCAUUACACACAGGAGCGAGACCCCACAGGUGCUUAGACUGUGGGAAAAGUUUCAUACAGAGGUUACAGCUUGUUAAACAUCAGGCAAUCCACACAGGAGAGAGACCCCACAAGUGCUUGGACUGUGGGAAACUUUUCAUACAGAGGUCACACCUAGUUCGUCAUCAGGCAAUCCACACAGGAGAGAGACUCCACAAGUGCUUGGACUGUGGGAAAAGUUUCAAAAGAAGGUCACACCUAGUUCGUCAUCAGGCAAUCCACACAGGAGAGAGACUCCACAAGUGCUUGGACUGUGGGAAAAGUUUCAAAAGAAGGUCACACCUAGUUCGUCAUCAGGCAAUCCACACAGGAGAGAGACCCCACAAGUGCUUGGACUGUGGGAAAAGUUUCAAAAGAAGGUCACACCUUGUUAAACAUCAGGCAGUCCACACAGGAGAGAGACCCCACAAGUGCUUGGACUGUGGGAAAAGUUUUAUAGAAAGGACAGAACUUGUUAAACAUCAGGCUUUACACACAGGAGAACGACCUCACAAGUGCUUGAACUGUGGAAAAAGUUUCAUAAGAAGGUCACACCUUGUUCAACAUCAGUCAAUCCACACAGGAGAGAAACCCCACAAGUGCUUGGACUGUGGGAAAAGUUUCAAAAGAAGGUCACACCUUGUUAAACAUCAGGCAAUCCACACAGGAGAGAGACCACACAAGUGCUUGGACUUUGGAAAAAGUUUUAUAAGAAAGUCAAACCUUGUUCAACAUCAGUCAAUCCACACAGGAGAGAAACCCCACAAGUGCUUGGACUGUGGGAAAAGUUUCAUGAAAAGGUCAUACGUUAUUAAACAUCGGGCUAUCCACACAGGAGAGAGACCCCACAAGUGCUUGAACUGUGGGAGAAGUUUCAUAAGAAGGUCACACCUUUUUUAUCAUCAGGCAUUACACACAGGAGAGAGACCCCACAAGUGCUUGUACUGUGGGAAAAGUUUCAUACAGCGGUCACACCUUGUUACACAUCAGGCAAUCCACACAGGAGAGAGACCCCACAAGUGUGUGGACUGUGGGAAAAGUUUCAUAGAGAGAUCAAACCUUGUUCAACAUCGGGCAAUCCACACAGAAGAAAGACCCCACAAGUGCUUCGACUGUGGGAAAAAAUUCAUACAGAGGGCACACCUUUUUCAACAUCGGGCAAUCCACACAGGAGAGAGACCCCACAAGUGCUUGGACUGUGGGAGAAGUUUCAUAAGAAGGUCACACCUUGUUUAUCAUCAGGCAUUACACACAGGAGACAGACCCCACAAGUGCUUAGACUGUGAAAAAUGUUUCAUAACAAGGUCACAACUAGUUCGCCAUCAGGCAAUCCACACAGGGGUGAGACCGCACAGGAACUUGGACUUAGGGGAAAGUUUUAUACAAAGAUCAAACCUUGUUCAACAUCAGGCAAUCCACACAGGAGAGAGACCUCACAAGUGCUUGGACUGUGGGAAAAGUUUCAUACAGAGGGCACACCUUAUUGAACAUCAGGCAAUCCACACAGGAGAGAGGCCUCACAAGUGCUUGGACUGUGGCAAAAGUUUCAUAAGAAAGUCAAAUCUUGUUCAACAUCAGGCAAUCCACACAGGAGAGAAACCCCACAAGUGCUUGGAGUGUGGGAAAAGCUUCCGAAGAAAGUCAAAACUUGUUGAACAUCAUGCAAUCCACACAGGAGAGAGACCCCACAAGUGCUUGGACUGUGGGAAAAGUUUCAUACAAAGAUCUGACCUUGUUAAACAUCAGGCAAUCCACACAGGAGAGAGACCCCACAAGUGCUUGGAGUGUGGGAAAAGCUUCAGAAGAAAGUCAAAACUUGUUCAACAUCAGACAAUCCACACAGGAGAGAAACCUCACAAGUGCUUGGACUGUGGGAAAAGUUUCACAGAAAGGUCAAACCUUCGUAAACAUCAGGCAAUCCACACAGUAGAGAGCCCCACAGGUGCUUGGACUGUGGGAAAAGUUUCAUACAGAGUUCAGAGCUAGUUCGUCAUCAGGCAGUCCACACAGGAGAGAGACCCCACAAGUGCUUCGACUGUGUGAAAAGUUUCAUAAGAAGGUCACAGCUUGUUAAACAUCAGGCAUUACACACAGGAGAAACAGUCCAAGCACUUAUGGGCUCUGGGAAAAGUUUCAUAUAUUGGUCACAGCUUGUUAAACAUCAGGCAUUGCACACAGAAGAGAGACCACACAUGUGCUUGGACUAUGGGAAAAGUUUCAUACAAGGUCAGACCUUGUUAAACAUCAGGCAUUACACACAGGAGAAAGACCCCACAAGUGCUUGGACUGUGGGAAAAGUUUCAUAGAGAUGUCACAGCUAGUUCGCCAUCAGGCAUUACACACAGGAGAGAGACCACACUAUGGGAAAAGUUUCAUAAGAAGAUCACACCUUCUUUAUCAUCAGGCACUCCACACGGGAGAGAGAGCCCACAAGUGCUUGGACUGUGGGAAAAGUUUUAUACAGAUGUCACACCUUGUUCAACAUCAGUCAAUCCACACAGGAGAGACUCCAGAGGUGCUUGGACUGCUGGAAAUGUUUCAUAUAGAGGUCUAGCCUCAUUACACAUGGAAGAAUCCAUACAGGAUCUAAACGUCUGUGACACAUGGCAAGAAAGGGUUAAGCAACUUGUAUGUAAUUGACUCAGAGUCAACAUUUAGAGAGAGAUUUUAACAGUGUUUCUGCCUUAGAUAAGCUAGAGUUUGAAAUGUAUAUGUGUAUUUUUAAAGACUUGGAAGAAGAGGGCAAGUCAUGUCUGAGUAACCUAAUUGCCUUCUAUGAUGAGAUAACUGGUUCUGUGGAUGAGGGGAGAGCAGUAGAUGUGUUAUUCCUUGAUUUUAGCAAAGCUUUUGAUAUGAUCUCCUACAGUAUUCUUGCCAGCAAGUUAAAGAAGUAUGGGCUGGAUGAAUGGACCAUAAAGUGGAUAGAAAGCUGGCUAGAUCAUCGGGUUCAAUGGGUAGUGAUCAGUGGCUCCAUGUCUAGUUGGCAGCCGGUAUCAAGUGGCGUGUCCCAGUGGUCGGUCCUGGGGCCGGUUUUGUUCAGUAUCUUCAUUGAUGAUCUGGAGGAUGAUGUGGACUGCACCCUCAGAAAGUUUGCAGAUGACACUAAACUGGGAGGAGUGGUAGAUAUGCUGUAGGGUAGGGAUAUGAUACAGAGGGACGUAGACAAAUUAGAGAAUUAGGCCAAAAUCAAUCUGAUGAGGUUCAACAAGGACAAGUGGAGAGUCCUGCACUUAGGAUCAAAGAAUCCCAUUCAUUGCUACAGACGAGGGACCGAAUGGCUAGGCAGCAUUUCUGCAGAAGAGGACCUCGGGUUUAUGGUGGAUGAGAAGCUGGAUAUAAAUCAACAGUCUGCCUUUGUUGCCAAGAAGGCUAAGGGCAUUUUGGGCUGUUAAAGUAGGGGCAUUGCCAGCAGAUCGAGGGAUGUGAUCGUUCCCCUCUAUUCAACAUUGGUGAGGCCUCAUCUGGAGUAUUGUGUCCAGUUUUGGUCCCCGUACUACAAGAAGGAUGUGGAAAAGUUGGAAGUCCAGCGGAGGGCAACGAAAAUGAUUAGGGGGCUGGAGCACAUGACUUACGAGGAGAGGCUGAGAGAACGGGGAUUGUUUAGUCUAUAGAAGAGAAGAAUGAUGAGGGAUUUGGUAGUUGCUUUCAACUACCGGAAAGGGGGUUCCAAAGAGGAUGGAUCUAGACUGUUCUCAGUGGUACCAGAUGACAGAACAAGGAGUAAUGGUGUAUAGUUGCAGUGGGGAAAGUUUAGGUUGGAUAUGAGGAAACACUGUUUCCCUUUCUGGGAUGAUUUAGUUGGGGAUUGGUCCUGCUUUAAGCAGGGGGUUGGACUAGAUGACCUCCGGAGUUCCCUUCCAACCCUGAUAUUCUAUGAUUCUAAGAGGGGUAACUGUAGUAGUCUAUGUUUAGCUAUCCAAAGGGUUCCUGUAUUCUGUUAUUUCAGGGAUCAAUAAUUCAGCCAUUAUAACCGUCGCCCGUGCCACCUGCCCUAUUCUAGCUCUGUCUCAUUGAAUUCGCUGGGGGUAGGUCUGAAGGAGGGAAUGUUUAUAGCUGAAAUCACCAAAAUGUGUUUUGCAAGGUUAAUGUUAAUCGGAUCUGUUCCGCUCUCCUGCUCGGACAUUCUCUCUGGGGAUCCCGGAGACGGAAAGGAGCUGGUGUUACCUUCUUGGCUACCAAUCCCCACGGUGACUCUCUACACUAGCAAUUCUCCAAAUGUGGGCAGAGCCUCCCAAUGAAGGCACAGGAAUGAGUCAGGGGAGGCGUGAUCAGUGUGGGUUGUUUGGGUUUUUUUAAAGAGCACUGGCUGUCAGCCCCAGUUGGCUGGGGCUCAUGAAGAAGGAACAGGCCUAGCUGGGAGGUGGGGAUCAAUGCUCAGGCUCUCAAACCCAGGUGGAGCAGCAGCACAGAAGUAAGAGUGGCAAUGGGGUGAUAAGUGUUGUGAACAGGGAUAUUGACGAAUAUCACUCUUCACGUGGCCACCCUAACUUCUGUGCUGCUAUUGGAGGUCUUCAGAGCUGUGCACAUUGCUAGCGACUACUCUGCCUUUAGAGCUCGAUGGUGAUAUAUGUGCUUUUGAGGGUGGAGGGGUAAAUGACCACAGACACAAAGAAGGCGGGUGGUGAUGAAACACAUCUGAGAACCACUGGUCUACACUCUUAUGGGCACCACGUUUACAAAAUGAUAAUUCUUCUCCAAAGUAUGUCUUGUGAGGUAUCCUAGGAAAAGUCAUCACCUGCUGAAUAUUAUUGUCCCAUUAAAAUGUGUCUAUCAGCACUGUCCAUGGAGCUCUGAGAGUUUGCUGUAUGUUUGUUACAUGCUGUAAAGCUGGAAAACGCCCACAGACGAGCUCCUCCUAGACAAUGGCACCUGCACACCAGCUAGGUGCUACGUGGCCAGUAAUUGCUCAGCCGGCCAUUCACCAGCUGUGGAGCUGGGAACAGGAGAGUUACAAUUCACCAGAAGGACGGCUGGAUGCUCACUUAGGCCACAGACUGAUUGUCGCCUGCCCCCCGACUGGGGGAUGAACCUCAAAGAGGAGAGUGGUAUAAAAGCACAAGGGAGAAUUGCCUCCAUUUUUACCUCUCCUCUCCCAUCUUUACAGAAGGAAGCAAAAUGGCUUGAAAGGGAACAGGGACCUUGGACUGGGGAGGGUGUAAGGAAAUCCAGCUUGGGUUUAAGAACUGUGAACUGCCUGCAACAGCGGGCGGGAUGCGAAAACCUGCUUGCUUCUCAUUUUCCUUAAAUUGGUAAAAUUUAGGAUUUAAAAUUCAAGUUUUAAUUUUAUAGUUUUAACCGGUUCUGACCUUUUACAUCUUUCUCCCUUGUAAUCCCUAAAAACCCCCUUGCUCCAGUUAAUAAACUGGUUUUAG